AUGUUUAGAAAAACUAGCAUAUGGCAGCUCACAAUUCAUUCACCACGUGGGGUCAACUUUGUUCUGAAAUCCGACCAAGCUAUUAAAUGUGCAGAAGCGAAAUAUAACAAAGGCUGGUUCAGUGCACAGACGAAGUGCAUGUCGUUUGAGCGGCCUACCAAAGAGUUUCUGCCGUUUUAUUUGUGUUCUGGCCGCGUUCGCGGAGUUUAUACAGGUACGGUCACCUACAACGAGACCGGAGGGAACCAAAACAACGCGCAUAGCAGCAGUUCAUCGCGAUACGUCCAAACCUCCCCGCAGAUCUUGGAAACAACCUUUGAGUGUGGACAAACACAGACCUACGCCGGCUACAAAUACAACAUCACAAAUGUGCACUAUGCGCUCAAAAGUACGUCCAACUACACGUUGAUGCAUAAGAUGAACUAUAUAGACACCACCAACGCCGAAAUAAAUCUCUUUGAGCAGUCCAUCGAAGUCAUGCGAGAUUUUAUAGCGAGAAACGUCAAGGAACAGGUGACGCAAAUCGCUGAGUCCACUAUCCGUUCUUUCCAUCCCACUGCAAGCAUGGUGUCCAUUACCUUCUCACACUUAGAUAUCAAAAUCAAUGAGGUGUAUCCGUGUUUUGUACCAUGCUUCACUAUCAAAUUGAGCUAUGAUGGAGAGGAAUACACCCUACUUGUGUCCGGUAUCGACGGCACGGUAAGCGGUCCACGCUUGCUCAACGCAUUAUAUCUUGCCCGCGCCACAGCGCUGGUUAGUCUGCUCGUACUUGUGGCUCAAACAACCAAUAAAGUAGCUGGUUUCAUUUUUGGUACCAUAACAGCUAUCGUGGCAUACUACAUAGCCUUCUUCGCCACGAAGUGGUAUCCAUCCUUAUAUAAAAACUAUCAAUGUCGGCAACGUGAACGGCUUCGGCAAAAAUUUGAUCUCGCUGACAAGCAAGGCUACCGCCCAACCCUUCGAUCACGACGUUUUGAACAGGAAUAUUUCAGCUCCUCCUACUGGGAUACACACACGUACCAGCAGCGUCCGCGCAAUGCGGGCUCUUCGGGCGCCACCAGCUCUGAUCCUUUCCCUUUCUCAAAAGGCUUCCAUAGUGGCGCUGGCCAACGCUACGUUUCCGACCCCAAGGGGUAUUACAGGAUCCUGGGCCUGACUGGAAAUGAGUCGGUAAACGAAAUACGCUCCGCGUAUCGUAAAUUAGUCUUGAGUCAGCACCCAGACGUGGGCGGUUCCCUGGAUAGUAUGACCAAGCUUAAUGAAGCCUACCGCGUGUUGCGGAACCCAAGCUUACGAGCGGCGUACGACAAGCUGUAA